AAGCGCGUCGGGUUGUCAGCUAUUUGGUUCUCUGCCACUUCAGACUCGAAAUUCCAGUCUCAAUUGUCGAAAAGCAAAGCCAGGUCAUGAGAGAAGGACCUUCAAGUGAUCGCUCUCAUUCUUCACUAUCGAGAAUGACGUCUGACAGGUGGGAAAGUCAUCGACCGAGUGAUGCAGAGUAGCAUCCCUCUUCAACCUUAAUUCAGCAUCGCACUUUGCAGGCUAACAACCAUAGAUGUGUUACGGACGGGAAGGGUGUCAGGUAAUCGCAAAGCCCAGUCUCGCACUCGUAUUUCACAAACAACGCCAUAGCAACCAUGUAACUCCAAAACAACUCUCCGGCCACCAUCAUCAACCUGAGAAACCAGAAUCCUCCGCCGCCCGCCGUUGUGUGGCUCACACCCCGGCCCCGAGUGGCCCCGUCCUCUGCCCCUUCAAUAUCACCCAAACAGCACCAAACGCCAGGGAUUCCCCACCAUUUCUGCCCGUUUCGGAGGACGCUUCCCGUCCGCCGUCCCCCUUGGGGAGCUCAAACUUUCUGCCCAUUUCCCACCAAUCGUCUAUGGAUAGAUGCCAUCAAUAUCCGAAUGAGGCAGGCUAGUAAUUCACAACGUACUAUACAGUCGAACUACGAUGUAAAUGAAAUCAAACUGGGAGGAGAUCAUCGCGCAUAGAUCAAUGGGCACGGAAUAAUACACCAUGUGCAAGGAA